GCAUUAAAUUCCCCUGACGUCAUCUGCUCUGUGUGCACUCGAAGUGUGCUGGGGGAAGUCUGUUCAUUUGUGUGCUUUGAUAACGAACAGACCUUGAUGACUGUUAAUACCUGAUCCACAGAGCAUCAGGAAGAAAAACAGUCCUGAAUGAAUUCCUCUGAGACCCACAGAACAGAUCAUGGCUUGCUGAUGUGACACACGUCGUGUCGGAGGGAAAUGCAGCGCAGGAGCUCUGGAGCUGGCUCGAGGAGCAGGGAUUCAGAGAGAUGCAGGACAAACAUGUGCUGCACAUCAGCUGGUUUACUGAGAGCAUGAGCGCCGGCCGGCCCGUGCCUCUCCAAAUCAGACAUUACAUACAAAAUCCCGCUGUGGGUCAGAGGUCAUGUUCACAUCCGUCAGCCGAACCUGAGUCUGCUGUGUCUCCGUACGCUUGCCAGAGACCAACCACACUGAACAACCGCAGUAAGAUCUUUACAGAUGCGCUGGAGGUGCUGGCGGAGAACCUGGAGUUCUGUGGGAAUUCGGGUCCGAGCCUGGCGUUCCGGAGGGCGGCGUCUGUGCUCAAGAGUCUCCCUGAUGCCCCGAGACGUCUGGAGGAGACACAGCAUCUGCCCUGCCUCGGAGAACACAGCCGGGCCAUCAUAGAGGAGAUCUCUGAAUACGGAUCGUGCUCCAGAGUUGAGGAGAUACUGAAUGAUGAGAGGUAUCGGACGAUGAAGUUGUUCAGCAGUGUCUUCGGGGUCGGACCCAAGACGGCAGAGAACUGGUUCUGUAGAGGACUGCGGACGUUUGAGCAGGUGCUGAAUGACCCCAGCAUCAGACUGAACCGCAUGCAGACCGCAGGGUUCUUGUUUUAUGAGGACAUCAGUAAGCCGGUGAGCAGGACAGAGGCCAUCGCUCUGAAGAUUAUAGUGGAGGAAGCUGUCAUCAGUGUCAUCCCAUCAGCCAGCGUCAGCAUCACAGGAGGAUUCCGCAGGGGGAAGGAGUUCGGACACGAUGUGGACUUCAUUAUAAAAACACCUGAGGCCGGACAGGAGGACUCUAUUCUGCCCGCCGUGAUCGAACGAUUCAAAAGACAGCGCAGCGCAGGACUCACUCCAGCAGCGGCGUGUCCUCCUCAACAAACGCGAGCGAUGCGCGCACGGGAGAGCCGCACACCAGGGAAACACGCUCCGCAGACCGGCACCCGCCGUGGAUUAAACCGGGGAACUCUCCAAACCAUGGCCGAGACGGCGAAGAAGUGA